GAAGAAGAAGAAGAAGAGUGUCUUGAACUCUAUUCUGAAGUGUUGUCCUUUAUAGCUACAGUGUCCAACCAACCAGCCGUUGACGAUGGACUCCACUCUACUGCUACUAUUGACAAUGUUCGUUGUUUUAGGCAAAGUUGUUGGAGACAGAAGGCUGACAUUUGUCACUGUGCUCUACCGCCAUGGUGAUCGAUCCCCAGUCAAAGCCUACCCUACUGAUCGCUACCAGGAGAGCUCUUGGCCACAGGGCUUUGGACAGCUCUCGCAGGAAGGAAUGAGGCAGCACUUUGAGCUGGGACAGGUGCUGCGGAAACGCUAUCAGGGUUUUCUCAAUGACACCUAUGACCGACGUGAGAUUUCUGUGAGGAGCACAGACUAUGACCGGACCUUGAUGAGUGCAGAGGCCAACCUGGCUGGAUUGUUCCCUCCCAAUGGGUCACAGGUCUUCAACCCGUCACUGGAGUGGCAGCCUAUUCCUGUUCACACUGUGCCCCAGGAUGAGGAGAGGCUUUUGUCGUUUCCCAUUCCGGGUUGCCCUCGUUAUAAAAUCCUCAUGAAUGAGACAGAACGCUCAGAAAAGUACCUCAACAUGACAUUUCUAUACAAAGAUUUAAUAGCGAUGGUACGGGAGAAAACUGGUCUGAAGAACACUAACAUUGAGACUGUUUGGAGUGUCCAUGACACCUUGUUCUGUGAGGCAAGGCACAACAUGACCGCUCCUGACUGGGUGACCCCUGAGAUCAUGGAUGAUCUGAGGAAGCUCAAGGACUUUGGCUUUGAAAUCAUGUUUGAGGUCUACAAGCAUCAGGAGAAAAGCCGUCUCCAAGGAGGUGUCCUCUUGGGUAGCAUUGUAAAUAACAUCUCAGAGUCUGCACUUCCCAACUCUAAUCGCCGUCUGAAGAUGAUGAUGCUCUCUGCGCAUGACACCACCAUUGUGGCUUUGCAGUCGAGUUUGAGUAUCUUCAAUGGAAAGCAGCCACCCUAUGCCUCCUGCCACAUAUUUGAACUCUAUCAGGAAGACAACGGAUCAUUCACAGUGGCCAUGUUUUACCGCAAUGACACCACAAGAGCGCCUUACCAACUGGCUGUACCUAGCUGUGAUCUCUUCUGCCCCCUGGAGGACUUUGUGCGCCUCACCAAACCAUCCAUCCCAGAGGAUUGGGACAAGGAGUGCAUGGUGGAGUCUCCCACAAAGGAUACAGAGGUGGUCAUCGGACUAGCAGUUUGUUGCUGUUUGCUCUUCCUCCUUAUCGUCCUCCUGCUCGCUGUGCUUUGUCGGCAACGUGAUCCCUCCAACGGCUACAGUCACAUUCACAAUGAGAAUGAAUCUUGACAAAUGUACAAACUCCACCGUAAGCAGGAUUCAUGGGAUAGUGAAGAAGAUGUUUGAAUGCCUCACAGUUCUGCCCUCUGGUGGGGAAGCAGGAAAAGUGAACACUAAACUGCUUUUAGUGCAACUUUUGUUUUUGUGCUUUAAAAAAAAAAAAAAUGCUUACUGGGGAGGACAAUGGUUAUCUAGUCCUCUAGUCAACUGUUGUCAUGGUAAGUAUUCCUAAGCUUGUGAAAGAAGUCGGCUACUGGAUUCUGACAAAAUUGCCUUUUUAAUGUUUUCGAAUACUACUUGUACUCAUUUUACUCAUGGGUCCAAGUCACCUGACCAUCGUUCUUACAAAAUGUGGACCACUGGAUGCUUCAUGCUUGUUUGAUUCUCCCCUUGGAAAGUAAUGAUCAUUGUGACACUGAACCCGAGGACAGCUUGUGUUUCAUUCUCUCCAAGGAACAGAUUUUGGCCAACAGGCCGAUUGUACUGAGCAUUCUUACAUUUCUAGGAAGUCAUUGGAUAAAGAUGCUAUUUAUUUCCUCUAGUGGUGAUUGUCAUGGUACUUGGAGAAGCCUUCACAUCAUGGUACUCUUGGUAAAGGCUUUGCUCUAUAUUUCAGAGGCACCUACUAACAAGCCUGUCAUGCUUUGUGCCUUGGGCUGUUAGAUUCCAUUUAAGGCACAGUAAUUCAUUUAUUUGCUGAAAGUGCAACGUAUCUAACAGUGUGACUGUCCUCUUUCUGCUAUUUUAAAACUGCCUCUGAGGUUGAGACCUUUUAGGCACAAGUGAUUACUUUUUAAUCUGCAUCAGUUUUUUCAUCCCCCAAAAGUUUACAAAAAUACAUUAUUGUAAUUAUUACAAUAUAAAUACAGUAUAAUAUUAUACCUUUCUAUGUUACUAGGUGCAGAGUUCACAGCCUGAGGGGGCUCUCCACUGAGUUCCCAUCAAACAAGUCACUGUAUUGCAAGCAGCUGCCAGCUGUAAUUAGUGCUGAGCGAUGAGUGCUUUUUGAGGUCGUUUCUGUUUAGAUUUUUUUAUCACGGUUUCAUUCAUUUUUUAAAAACAUUAAAUGCACUAUACAUUAUGUGGGUUGAAUGCUGUAACGACACAAAAUAAAACAAUUACUGCUUAUCACUUAUUACCAUUUAUUCACAGUACUUUACUAUAAUAACAUAUUUCAGUUCUGUAUAUUAAACUUAUUUUAUUUCAUGACUUGAUUUCAUUCCGUCAUCUCAUCUCGAAAGAGCUGCUGCCUAUGCUGUCUGACAAAAUCACUAUUUUAGUAGUUCUAAAAAGUAAAUAAGAAAUACUUUUUUAUGACUACUGAAUACCAACUAUCAAUCACUUAGAUUAUGUAUUUUCAGGUAGAGAUGCCUUGAAGAAACUGCUCGCUAUCCCUAUCGAUCACCCAUUCUUCAGUCUCCUCUCUCUCUCUCUCCAUGUCUUCCCCACACUAACUUAAUGUAGCAGGUGUAAAAGAAACACAGACCAGACAAGUUGGCUUUAUCUCUAGAGAAACUGCAUGUUGAGCUCAGGGGGAAAAAAGCACAAUGGAACCGAGAUCAUCAAUUAGGUUAAAAAAACAAAAAAUAACUGACAUUUCAGUUAAUCGCUCAGCACUAACUGUAAUUUUCAUUUGCAUGUGUUCUCCCAUUGUGUUUUCAUGGGCAAUGAGUAAUUAUAAUGGUGCCUAUUGUUUAACCAGACAUCUGGUUCAAGUUGUCCAACUGGUUUGUGCAGACAUCAUGGGCCCAAUCAUCAUGUCUCCAUUUUAUCACAUUGUUACAGUCGAGCUGUAAAGCAUUUCAUUGUAUUUUUUGUACUGGAGAGUAAUUCUGAUCUGUAAUAUUUUGUGUUAAGUCAUGAACAAUUGGUUUCACCGUAGUGCUUGAAUUAUUGCAACAAUCCUUUUGAGAUUGUUUGCCUGAACUUUUGCAAUGCUGUUUAACAUUAAUUAUUUUAUGUCCUGAUAUACUGGAAAUUUGUAAGCAUUUUAUGUAUUGGUAAUUCGCAAUCCUUUAUUUGAUUUUAGCCACUGUUUGCAUUUAGAUUGCUUAAACUGCAUUUUGAGUGUUUUAAAUGAUCAAUAAUCCUGUCUUCUGCA